GGAGCGGAUCAUGCAGAACCCACCUGGAAUAUAAAAGACCUGUCAGUACUGUACGAUACACAUAGGGUGAUGGCAGUGGAUGCUUUGGCCUCAUCCCAUCCUCUAACAUCAGAUGAAGAUGAAGUGAAUACCCCAUCAGAGAUAAGUGGACUAUUUGAUUCCAUUACCUACAGCAAGGGUGCAGCAGUUAUUAGAAUGUUGUCCUCAUUUCUCACUGAAGAGCUUUUUGUUGAAGGGCUGCAAACCUACCUAAAGAUUUUGAAUAUAAAAAUACGGUAUACACCGAUCUAUGGGAUCAUCUACAAGCGGCUGUAAAUAAACAAGACAAGGUAAAACUUGACUAUACAGUUAGAGAGAUCAUGGACACCUGGGUCUUGCAAAUGGGUUUCCCAGUGGUAACAGUAGAUACAGUACCAGGUGUUUUUUCGGAACAGAAGCACUUCCUUCUAGAUCCAGACUCAGAUGUCGAUCGUCCAUCAGAAUUUGGAUAUAUCUGGAAGGUACCUAUUUCAUAUCUUAAAAGUAAUGGACAGAACGGAACUUGGUGGCUUACAGGGCAGCGAGACAGGAAUGAUGCUUUCAUGGUUUCUGAAACUGACUGGAUCCUGGUUAACCUUGAUGUCACUGGAUACUACAGGGUUAACUAUGACAACAAGAAUUGGAACAACCUUCUAAAUCAAUUAAAC